GCGCGUGCGCAGGCCUAAGUCGUAGCGGUGGCUAGAAGGCGGUGGUAGCAAGGCCUUGGACGCUGGUAUCACAACAGUCUACUGAAGCCCCAAAGCCAGCACCAUGGACUUCCAACAUCGGCCUGGGGGCAAGACUGGCAGUGGGGGCGUGGCCUCCUCCUCUGAGAGCAACCGGGACCGGCGGGAACGCCUCCGGCAGCUGGCCCUAGAAACUAUCGACAUCAACAAGGACCCAUAUUUUAUGAAAAACCACCUGGGUUCAUAUGAAUGCAAACUCUGCCUGACGCUUCACAACAACGAGGGAAGCUAUCUCGCACAUACCCAAGGAAAGAAGCACCAAACCAACUUGGCCCGGCGAGCAGCCAAGGAGGCGAAGGAGGCCCCUGCCCAGCCUGCACCUGAGAAGGUCAAGGUGGAGGUGAAGAAGUUUGUGAAGAUUGGCCGCCCAGGCUACAAAGUGACCAAGCAGAGGGACUCAGAGAUGGGCCAGCAGAGCCUUCUCUUCCAGAUCGACUACCCUGAGAUUGCUGAGGGCAUCAUGCCCCGCCACCGAUUCAUGUCUGCCUAUGAGCAGAGGAUCGAGCCCCCAGACCGGCGCUGGCAAUAUUUGCUAAUGGCUGCAGAGCCCUAUGAGACCAUUGCCUUCAAGGUACCUAGCAGAGAGAUCGACAAGGCUGAAGGCAAGUUUUGGACUCACUGGAACAGAGAAACCAAGCAGUUUUUCCUCCAGUUCCACUUUAAGAUGGAGAAGCCCCCAGCUCCACCCAGCCUUCCUGCUGGGCCUCCUGGGGUGAAGCGGCCUCCACCCCCACUGAUGAAUGGGUUGCCUCCUCGGCCUCCUUUGCCUGAGUCUUUGCCACCACCCCCACCUGGGGGCCUGCCCCUGCCCCCCAUGCCCCCCACAGGGCCUGCACCCUCAGGGCCCCCAGGACCUCCCCAGCUGCCCCCACCAGCCCCUGGGGUCCACCCCCCAGCACCAGUGGUCCAUCCUCCCACAUCUGGGGUCCACCCCCCAGCUCCUGGGGUACACCCUCCAGCACCAGUGGUCCACCCUCCCACAUCCGGGGUUCAUCCCCCAGCCCCUGGGGUCCAUCCCCCGGCACCAGUGGUCCACCCACCAGCAUCUGGGGUCCACCCUCCAGCUCCCGGGGUCCAUCCCCCAGCUCCAGGGGUCCACCCACCAGCCCCAGGAGUCCACCCUCCUCCAUCAGCUGGGGUUCAUCCCCAGGCCCCUGGAGUACAUCCUUCAACUACUGCAGUUCACCCCCAGGCCCCGGGGGUCCACCCCCAAGCCCCAGGGAUCCACCCUCAGCCCCCAGGGGUCCACCCCUCAGCUCCUGGUGUCCAUCCUCCAGCUCCUGGGGUCCACCCUCAGCCCCCUGGGGUACACCCCUCAAAUCCUGGGGUACACCCCCCAACUCCCAUGCCUCCAAUGCUGAGGCCCCCACUUCCUUCCGAAGGCCCUGGGAAUAUACCUCCUCCUCCCCCAACCAACUAAGUAGUGACCCCUUUGCCCAGCAAGCCUGGUGUUCUGUGUUCCUGCAGUUUCUCACAAGAGAAUUUUCAUCUUUUGUACUGUUCUGAGCUCAGUAAACAGCCUCCCCCACUUGUGGCAGGAA